AUGGAGGCAGAAAUAUCCGAUGUAGAAGUAACCUCUAAUCAUCAUUCUAUUAGGCGGCAAACGCGAAUUAAUACAAUGAUUAUUGGUGUUGUAUUUUGUGCCAACGUGGUACUUUUAUUGGGUAAAGCUGUAGCAUCUGCAUUAUCAGGGUCAUUAGCAAUCAUAUCAUCUUUGUUAGAUAGUUGUGUCGAUUUGGCUUCCGGUGGAAUCAUGUGGUUUGCUGCUCGUCAAAUGCGUAAAAGGAAGCCAUACAAAUACCCAGAAGGGAGAACACGACUUGAACCAUUAGCAGUGAUUGUACUCUCUGUAUUUAUGGGUAGUAUAUCUAUACAACUUUUAGCUGAAUCUGUACAAGCCAUUGUUCGUAUGUCGCAAAAUAAUCAAGAGGCACCAAACGUUAAUGAUUUAGCAUUGGGAAUAAUGGCAUCCGUAAUUGUGACUAAACUAAUCUUAUGGAUCAUUUGCUUUAAAUUUGGUGGUGGAAUGGCUAUCGAUGCGCUUAAAACCGAUCAACGUAACGAUAUACUUACGAAUGCUGCAUCAAUCUUAUUUAGUGGUCUUGCUGGACGUUUACCUCCUUUACUACGACAAAAACAAUACGAAAAUCUUAAGUAUUUAGAUCCCGUUGGAGCUAUACUUAUUGGUUCUUAUAUUUUGUAUUCUUGGUAUCAACUUGGUGCCGAACAGAUACGUAAUCUAGCUGGUCAUACAGCUAAUCCAAGGUUUAUUCAAAAGAUUGCAUUCGUUUGUCUUAAUUAUCAUCCGUUGAUUGAACAAUUGGAUACCAUUAGGGCAUUUCAUUUUGGUGAAAACUUCUUGGUUGAAGUUGACAUUGUGUUACCUAAAGAAAUGUGUCUUAAAGAAGCUCAUGAUAUUGGUGAAGGGUUACAAAAGAAAUUGGAAAAAUUAGAAACAGUUGAACGAGCUUUUGUACACUUAGAUUAUGAAUUUUCACAUCGUCCAGAAACUGAGCAUAAAAUAGUUUAAAGAAGAAGAAAGAAAUUUCAUUGUAUCCUUUUUUAGUCAAUUUAAAGUGUACACAUACAUAACCAUUUAUUACAUGUUCCAACAUAAAACAAAAGAAAUUGAC